UUGUUUUCCGUCGGCGUUAUUGCAUUACAGUUCAGUUGUGUGUCUAAUCAGUGACAAGUCAAAAAGGUGAAGCAUCGAAUAUGCCGAAAAAAGCAGUUUGCGUUUUGAACGGCGAAAUCGUUAAGGGAACCCUUUGGUUCUCCCAACAGGAUUCGUCAAGCCCGGUUGAAGUAACCGGCGAAGUGACCGGUUUGGGCAAAGGUCUUCACGGCUUCCAUGUUCACGAAUUCGGCGACAACACCAACGGCUGCAUCUCCGCCGGGGCACAUUUCAACCCCCACAACAAGGAUCAUGCCGGUCCUUGCGACGAAAGCCGUCAUGUAGGCGAUUUGGGCAACAUUGAAGCUGGAGAUAAUGGCGUUGCCAAAGUCAACAUUGUCGACAAGGUUAUUUCUUUGGAUGGGGACCACAACAUCAUUGGUCGCACUCUGGUUGUCCAUGCUGAUCCUGAUGAUUUGGGCAAAGGCGGACAUGAAUUGAGCAAGUCCACCGGUAAUGCUGGCGCCAGGGUUGCCUGUGGUGUUAUUGGAUUGGCAAAAAUUUAAAAUAUUCAUUCCAAAGUUUUUCCGUUGUUUUUUAUAUUUACUUUGUUAGUACUCUUGGAUCCUUAUGAACAAUAAAAAUAAAAUUUAAUGUUGCAA